CCAUAGGCUGCCCUGUACUGGUGCUCCAGCAGUGGUGACAGUGAGGUGACGCUGCCAGUAUAUUUCUCUACCGCUGGGGUGCCGAGUCAGCACCAACACUUCAGUAGCAAGGGCACAGUUGAUAUUAAAAAGUGCUAGAGGGUGCUACUGAAGAAGAGGCUGAAGAGCCUGAUGCUACUAAGCCUGCUACACUAAGUGAGGAGACCAGCAAGCAAGAAGAGAGCCACAGUCAAUCAGGGAAUAGCAAUGAAGAGAAGCAGCUGGAAACCUUAAACAGUUACAAGGUGUCACCAAGUUCACCAAACAGUUCGGACGGAGCAGACUUGUCCUCCAUUGAUGCCAUGAUGUCAGCAGUAAUGAAUGUGGGGAAGAUAGCUGAAAAUGGGGGGACCUCUCAGACUGUCAAAUCUCCCUCGAAGUCUCCUGCACCAAAUCGGAUUGGUAGGAGGAAUCAGGAAACAAAAGAAGAGAAGUCUUCCUAUACCUGUCCUCUGUGUGAAAAGAUUUGCACUACACAGCACCAGCUAACUAUGCACAUUCGUCAGCAUAACACUGACACUGGAGGGACAGACCAUUCCUGCAGCAUCUGUGGAAAGUCUCUGAGCUCAGCGAGCUCCCUUGAUCGCCACAUGCUGGUGCACUCAGGUGAAAGGCCUUAUAAAUGUUCAGUGUGUGGACAGUCCUUCACCACCAAUGGAAACAUGCACAGGCACAUGAAGAUUCAUGAGAAGGAUCCAAACAGCACGGCGAGCACAACUCCCCCGUCUCCGCUGAAGCGCAAGCGAUUGUCUUCAAAGCGGAAGUUCAGUCAAGAUGCCGAGAUGGACAGAGAGGAAAGGACACCUGCAAAAAAGGUUGUCGAGGAUGGUCAGUAUGGUGAAGGGGAUAGGAAAGAAGAUGACGCUUACCAUUGUCCAGUAUGUUUCAAAGACUUUUUUUGCAAGUAUGCGCUGGAGUCCCACAUGGAGACACAUCCAGAUAACUCACUGAGGUGUGACAUCUGUUGUAUUACCUUUCGUACUCAUCGGGGCUUACUGCGCCAUAAUGCAGUUAUCCAUAAGCAGCUUCCCAGAGAUCCCACUGGAAAGCCUUUCAUUCAGAACAACCCUUCAAUUCCAGCAGGCUUCCACGACUUGGGAUUCACAGACUUCUCCUGUAGGAAGUUUCCCCGCAUUUCUCAGGUCUGGUGUGAAACAAAUUUGCGAAGGUGCAUCAGUGAAUUCCAUCGGUUUAUUUGUGAGACGUGUAACAAGGCAUUCCCCAUGCUUUCAGCGCUCAAACUGCACACAGAAACUCACGUGAUGGAUCAGGGAAGAGACAAGCACAAGCUACAGUCCACAUCCCUACCCAGUGAGAACCCAGACCAGAAAGCCUUCAUGGCAUCCUUGGGCCUACAGUACACCAAAGACAUCAAACCUGUCAAGCAGGAGGACGAUACACAAGACGAGGUCCAAGAAAUGCGGCUCAGAGCACUGAAGAGUAACCUACCUCAGGAACCCGGCAGCACUGGCCUGCUCAGCCUCUCUCCUCUGGAAGCUGCCUCUAUGGGAGGGCCAUUUUCAGUCCUCCCACCUACGAAGGAGAACAUAAAGCUCCUCUCGCUGCAGCCUUUCCAGAAGGGUUUUAUCAUCCAGCCUGACAGCAGUAUUGUGGUAAAACCCAUCUCCAAUGAAUCUGCAAUUGAGUUGGCAGACAUUCAGCAGAUCUUGAAGAUGGCUUCUUCCGCUCCUCCUCAAAUCAGUCUUCCUCCACUUUCUAAGGCACCUUCUGUCCCCGUGCAGUCCAUUUUCAAGCAUAUGCCACCACUGAAGCCAAAGCCUUUGGUAACGCCCCGAACAGUUGUCGCAACUUCUACACCUCCUCCUCUUAUCAGUGCCCAGCAAGCCUCCCCCGGCUGCAUUAGCCCAAGCCUCCCACCACCUCCUCUAAGGCUGAUCAAGAACUCGGUGGAGACCUCCUCCAACUCUCACCUCUCCCAGCCAGGAGCCAAAUCAAGUCCUUCCUCGCAGUUGCUUCUCCAACCCAAAGUAGAGCCUUUAACUCAGCACGAGAUGAAGACACAACUGGAGCAGGACAGCAUUAUUGAAGCUCUCCUGCCUCUGAAUAUGGAAGCGAAGAUCAAGCAAGAGGUGACAGAAGGGGACCUCAAAGCCAUCAUUGCAGGGGCAGCAAACAAGAAAGCCCCAACAAUGAGGAAAGUCUUGUACCCCUGCCGUUUCUGUGACCAGGUGUUUGCCUUCUCUGGUGUCCUGAGAGCUCAUAUCCGUUCUCACUUGGGUAUUUCCCCAUACCAGUGUAACAUCUGUGACUACAUUGCAGCUGACAAGGCGGCGCUGAUCCGGCACCUGCGGACACACAGUGGGGAGAGGCCUUACAUUUGUAAAAUCUGCCACUACCCAUUCACAGUUAAAGCCAACUGUGAGAGGCACCUGCGAAAGAAGCACCUCAAAGUGACCAGGAAGGAUAUAGAGAAGAACAUUGAGUAUGUCACCAGCAAUGCUGCAGAAAUGGUGGAUGCCUUCUGUUCCCCAGACACUGUGUGCAAGUUGUGUGGUGAGGAUCUGAAGCAUUAUCGGGCCCUCCGCAUCCACAUGAGGACUCACAGUGGCUGCCAGAAGAAGAAGCCGUUUGAGUGCAAGGAGUGUGGCACAGCCUUUUCAGCCAAGAGGAACUGCAUUCACCAUAUCCUGAAGCAGCAUUUGCAUGUGCAGGAAAGGGAUAUUGAGAAUUACAUCCUGGUGGUGGACUGCAGCGCUCAGGAGAGCCAUGCAGAUGCUCCUUUAUUGGAAGACAGCACUUACAUGGACUGCAAGCCCAUCACACCUUUCCUAGAGCCACAGAAUGGCUUCUUGCCUGGGACACCAUCUCAUGUUCCCAUCAAACUUGAACCUACGGGCAACUUCCCGAUGGAUUUUGAUGAGCCAUUGGAUUUCUCUCAGAAGAGCAAAAACCUGAGUGCUGUGCAAGUGAAGCAGGAGAAUCUGUUUGUCUCUUCUCCCCUGUCCUUCUAUGACUGUUCCAUGGAGCCCAUUGAUCUGUCCAUCCCCAAAGUCCUGAAGAGGGAUAAUGAUAUCCCAGGUGAGGCCAGGAAUCAAGAGCUGGCUUCUUCUGUGAUCAUUGAUAAUGCCUAUAACUGUCAGCAGUGUCCUCUGGGCUUUGGUGCAAAUGGGAACUCAGAGAAAAACAGGGCUGUCGGACAUCCCCAGCCACUGAAGGGUUCAUUGCAUUUGACUGUCCCAAUCAUUUCCCCAGCUCUCCUUGGCAAUUCUGCCUUGCUGAGACCCUUGAGGCCUAAACCAUCACCGCAACCUCUCUUGCCAAAGCCUCCAGUAACUAAAGAGCUGCCACCGCUGGCUUCCAUUGCACAGAUCAUUUCAUCUGUGUCUUCUGCUCCUGCUUUGCUGAAAACGGAGGCUGCAGAUGCCAGUCCCAAGGCAGCGAGCAGCUCCACUGGGUGCGACAAAUCAGGGAAUGCCAAAGCAAAAAUGACAAUCGUGACCGCCAUUCAGAGAGACUCCAGCCUUCCCAGUGACCUGACUCAGGCCUGUGAUCCCGAGCCGUCUCCCAUUGCUGACACUGGGUUGACUAAGAAAAGGGGUAGAAAGAAAGGAACAAAAAACAAACCUAAACUGAGCAGUGGUGUGGAUCUGGAAUCAAGCGGGGAGUUUGCCAGCAUAGAGAAGAUGCUGGCUACUACAGACACUAAUAAAUUUAGCCCGUUUCUACAGUCCACUGACAAUUUCAAAGAAGAAAGUGGCCAAAAUGGAACAAGUGAGGAUGAGAAGGAAACUGCUGAAGAUAAGCUGCUGAGAGGAAAGAGGAACACUUACUCAGACUGCCCACAAAAAAUCUCCUGUCCUUACUGUCCUCGAGCCUUUUCGUGGGCAAGUUCCCUACAGCGGCACAUGCUCACUCACACAGACAGUCAGGCUGAUGCGGAGGCACCUGCUACAGGGAGUGAAGUCUUGGACCUGACAUCUUGUGAGAAGGAGCAGCCAGAGGAAGUCAACGAGCUACCAGGGAGUGAGUGCAGCCCCAAGGAGGAGCCAAAGGCUGAUUCUCCACCAGCAGAAGAGGAUGCCGAAGGAAAAGCUGAUGAAUAUGAAGAGGGCCCUGAGGAAGAUUCUGUAAGUAACAAAAGUCUUGACCUCAAUUUUGCCAGCAAAUUAAUGGACUUCAAGCUGGCAGAGAAUGACCAGAAUGCAGGCAGCAAUUCUCAGACUGAAAGGAAACAUGCCUGUGAUGUUUGUGGCAAAACCUUCAAGUUUGCUGGCACUCUUAGCCGUCACAAAAAGGCCCACAUUCGUGAGGACAGAAAAGAUGAAAGGAGCAGUGAGGAUGAAAGCAAAAGCAUCCAGGAUGAUGCAGGAGCUCCCUCGAUGCAGGACUCCAGUCUUGAGCAGGAAGAGUCUCCGAUGGACUUGAAGGUAGUGGAGUCUCCUCUGGACUGUGAGGCGACAGGAAAGGAGAAUGAAGAGAGCGAAAGCAUCUCUGAGGGGGAAGGCACAGAGAGAAAGUCCACUGAGAAGAGCAGUGAUGACAAAAUACCAAAGACUGAUGAGGCUAAGAGUACUGCAAAAGCAGACAAAAGAAAGAAAGUCUGUACUGUGUGCAACAAGCGUUUCUGGUCUCUGCAAGAUUUGACGCGACAUAUGCGGUCUCAUACAGGCGAGAGACCGUACAAAUGUCAAACCUGUGAACGGACCUUCACUCUGAAGCACAGCCUGGUUCGUCACCAGCGCAUACACCAGAAAGUCAAAAAUACUCGAAACCACGGGAAGGAGAGCGACAAGGAGGAGACCCAGUCGAGGUGUGGGGAAGACAGCGAAAAUGAGUCUAGCCACAGUGGCACCAACCCCAUCUCAGAAAAUGAGUGCGACUCUGCGGGGGUUGUUGGCAGCCACCCAUCCGGCACCAGAAGCCGAAAGGAGUCCCUGGUCGGCGCGACCAAGGACGUGCUCUGCGAAGAGGAGAGGCCAAACGGGCAAGGAGCCGGUGCCAGCCUUGUGGAGCCCGCCAAGAGUGCACAGAAGCAGCCCGCAAAAGACCAGGAGCCUCGGGGUAGCUCUGAGCUAGAGAGACCAUCAGGUUUCAUUCAAGACUUGCUGGAGAUGCACAACAAAAAAUCUCCCAUGAAUCACAUUCUUGCCUCUGCAGACAGCACGCCUCAGCUCUUGGGGGUAGAAUGACUUGCGAGGAGGCUGGGCCCAUCCCAGCACACAAACUGAAGCCAGCAGAGCAAGGUUUCCAGGGUCUCGUUUCAGAAGAGUGACCUACAGCUGUGGGGAGAGUAUGGCAGACUGGAUGCAGUGCCAUAUGCCUUUCAGUAUAAUAAUGCAAGAGACUACAGUAUAUACUGAUUUGAGUGCCUUACUACUUUAUUAGAUCUUUUGGUAUCAUAGAUUUUUUUUUUUUUUUCAAAAAUGAUUUUUUUUUAAUAUUUUAAUGAAUUAUUUGGAGAGGACCUUUUUCAUUUAAGCAUUAAUGUUACCUUUUGUAUUGGUGUGUGUGAGCUUGGUCUUGUAUAUCUGAUAGUCUCUGUGUUUGUUCUCUGAGCUGGAAACGGGGCAGUGGGGUGGGAGGCCCUUGGAUACCACAGCCAAUAACUGGAAGCAAUUUAUGUGAAUUUCAUAUGGAACAGUCAGAGGAAACGCAGACGAGAUGUCGGUUGCUGUUUUCUCAGUAGAUGUUCUCGCAUUUGCCACACGGUGGAGCAUUAAGCCUAUUCCAGGCAUUAGCAGCGUGGCAGCCGAAGGUGUUCGAAGUGGUUGGAGCCAAAAGCAGGAAGCGCAAAGAAUUUCAACCUCAUACUUGUUUCCACUUUUCAGCGUUAGAAAUGGUGUUCUAGAUACUAGGGUUUUUCUUCUGGCCGUCGUGGACUGAGUGCGUAUACAGAGAAGAGUUACAUAGCAACGUAACCUAUGGAAAUUAUGCACCCGCUGUUAUAUAUGUUUGAUUUGCUUCAGUAUAUUAUUAUUAUUAUUUUAUAAUUAUUUUAUAAAUUCAUCAGUUUGCUUGUCUCUGCAGUCAGCAGAAACCAAUGGGCAAUAUUUGCCCACGCAGACGUAUAACGCAGCUUGGAUCCCCUCUUUACAUGUUUUGACUUCAAGCUUUCACCAACUCCUCCUCCUAUGUUGCAGCUCUUCUACUGUACUUUAAUCGAAACCCUUCCUCUGACCGGAGAGUCAAUCAGAGGCCAGCAGGUUGUCAUCACAGCCGUGCAGGGGACGCCCCGCUGCUCGUGGUGCACGUGCCCAAGGACGGCCAUCUCCGUGCCGUCACCCGGCGGCAGCACGCCUUCCUUCGGAGCCAAGUGACUCAGUCUUCCAGUCGAAAGCGAGCAAGAGAGAAAUGCGAGCCUUACCAUCGUCUUGCUACUUACCGUCAUGUUCUGGAGCAAGAAAAUACUACUGGUGAUAAAACUACAGAUAAAAGACAUGUUAAAAAAUAAAUUAAUUAA